UCCCGCCUGUUGCCUUUGUAAGAUUUUGGACGAAAACUUCCAGGAUGUCUUGUCGAAGGCCGGACUCACUGGGUUGCUGUGAUUUUUCCGGGCUGUAUGGCCAUGUUCCAGAAGCAUUCUCUCCUGAAGUUUCGCCUGCAUCUAUGUGUUGUGUUGCGAACUAAGCAAGUGAGGUUUAUAUAUCUCUGGAAUGUUCGGAGUGGGAGAAAGAACUCUUGACUGUUGGAGGCAAGUGUAGAUGUUGCAACUAAUCACCUUGAUUAGCAUUUAAAGGCCUUUCAGCUUCAAGGCCUGGCUGCUUCCUGCCUGGGGGAAUCCUUUGUUGGGAGGUGAUUAGCUGGCACUGAUUGAUUCAUGUCUGGAAUUCCCCUGUCUGCAGAAUGUUGCUCUUCAUUUACUGUCUGGAUUUUAGAGUUUUUUAAAUACUGGUAGCCAGAUUUUGUUCAUUUUCAUGGUUUCCUCCUUUCUGUUGAAAUUGUCCACAUGCUUGUGGAUUUCAAUGUAGUCUGACAUGGGAGUUGUUAGAGUGGUCCAGCAUUUCUCUAUUCUCAAAUAAUAUGGUGUGUCCAAGUUGGUUCAUCAAGUGCUCUGCUAUGGCUGACUUUUCUGGUUGAUAUAGUCUGUAGUGCCUUUCAUGUUCCUUGAUUUGUGUUUGGGCAAUGCUGCAUUUGGUGGUUCCAUGCCUGCAUGGUGUACGGUAGACUCCUGUGGAUGUGAGGGGAUUCCUCAUGUCCUUCACUGAACAUGGCAUUUGUUGGAUUUUCUUUGGUGGAUCUGUAAAUAGUUGGUAGGUUGCGUUUCUUCAUCAGCUUGCCUAUGCGGUAAGUGGUUCCCUUGAUGUAUGGUAAGAACACCUUUCCUCUGGGUGGAUCUUUGUCUUUACUCUCAUGGCUUGUUCUUGGCCUUCCAGCUCUUCUUAUGUCUGUGUUGGAGUAUCCUUUGGCCUGUAGAGCUCAGUUUAGGUGGUUCAGUUCCCCUUGAAGGAGGUGGGGUUCACAGAUUCUUUUUGCACAGUGUGUCAGGGCUUUAAUUGUUUCUUUUUUGUCUUGAGUGAUGGUUGGAGUUUUUAUGUAGGUAUUUAUCGGUGUGUGUAGGUUUUCUGUAGACUGUGUGGCCCAAUUGUUGAUUUGAUUUAUGGAUGACUAGGACAUCUAGAAAUGGCAGUUUUCCUUCAUUUUCUUUUUUCAUGGUGAAUUGGAUGUUUGGGUGGAUGCUGCUGAGGUGGUCCAGGAACUUUUUUAGUUCUUCUUUUCCAUGGCUCCAAAUGGUGAAGGUGUCAUCCACAAAUCCAAAACAUCUGGAGGGCUGAAGUUUGCCCAUGCCUGGAUGAUAAUGAACUUCUGUGGCUUUCUGCCCACUCCUUCAGAUUCCUUUAUGGAAUAGUUUACUGGCUAGUCCAGGAAGCAUGUCCUUCAAUCUUUCCACAUCGGUUAGAUUAGGAAGGAUGCAUCCACACUGCAGAAUUAAUGCGGUUUGACACCACUUGAACUGCUAUGGAAUCCUGGGAGAUGUAGUUUUGCAACAUCUUAGGCCUUUUCUGCCAAGAAGUGUUGGUGCCUCACCAAGCUACAUAUUCCAGGAGUCCAUAGCAUUGAGCCACGGCAGUUAAACUGGUGUCAAACUGCAUUAAUUCUACAGCGUAGAUGUGCCCAUUCUGUUUCCAACCUAAGGAAAGCCUGUCGCUGAGUUUUCUUGGAAAGCUUUGUUCAGAGGCAGUUUGUGUUCAGGUCCAGCCUACUUGAGGAACUGCAUCUCGUCCUAUCAGCCCAUAUGAGCCCUCUCUCAGUCCCUUUACAAGUACAGUUGGAGGGAAUGAGAGAGAGGGCCCGCAGCUCUGGAAGUCCAUCCCCAAAGAAGGCUUGGUCCCCUCUUUAUUGGCCUUUCGCUCCCAGGUGAAAACCUUUUUAUGGACGCAGGUCUUCCCCGACAACAUACAGUAGUAGUUAUCUCUGCCAGACAAGGCUCAUAUGGCCAAAGAUUUGGAGCUCUGAGACGUUUAGUUUAAUGUUUUCACAUGUUAAGACAAUCCCAGUGGCCUGAGGUUCAGAGAUUUUAAUGCUAAUGAUAUAUGUAAUUAUUUUUAUGCUGAUUUAUAUUCAUGUAGGUAAAGGUUUUCCCCUGACGUUAAGUCCAGUCAUGUCAGACUCUGGGGGUUGGUGCUCAUCUCCAUUUCUAAGCCGAAGAGCCGGAGUUGUCCGUAGACACCUCCAAGGUCAUGUGGCCGGCAUGACUGCAUGAGGCGCCAUUAUAUUUAUAUACCUCCAUGGCAGCAAUUUACUCGGGUAUUCACCUGAAGCUGAAAAGUCCAAAGACAUCUUGGGAGGACAAGCUUAAGUUGGCUCAGUUUGCAUGGAUCUCUCAUCAGUGUUUUCUUCCUAACAAAGAACAAGUCUUACUAGAUUGGGUGAGUCACACCUUGGUUUCAUUUUACAACAAGAAACUUGAAUUGCCAGAUGAAAUUACUGAGAAGCUUUGGGUGUACUUGGACAGCAUUCUUCAUAGCAGAAAACUGCAGGGCCUUUUCAAGGAUGGAAAAGCCAUAACUCUCCGUUUCUCAAUUGCACAGGUUAUUAAUGAAAGGCUUUCUAUUUUUUACACUCAAAAAAAGUUGAAGAACCUUAGCACAUUGCUAAGUUGUUGUAGUGGCAUCCUUUCCUCAUCUCCUCUCUCAAUAGUUUAUACUACAAAAUUUGAGCUACUGGUGGAUCUUCUGAGUAAGUUGUCCAACAUAGCAUGUCAGCAGUUUUUAUCAGAAGACAUUGUGUCCUCCCAGCUGUUUGAAGUCCUUCUACUGACAUUUGGGCAAUAUCUUCUAGCCCAGAAGCAGCAGGCCAAUGCAAAUCGUGUAUUUGGACAAGUGACUAAGCGCCUGUUCCAACCAUGUUUGCUCCUGAGACAUUUGCUCACAACUGGGGUGCAGCCGCGGACAAAUGAUGAUGGUCAUACACAGCAACAUCUGGGUAGAGAGAUCCGGAACCAUGUAGAGGCCUUGUUGCGAGUUGCUGUUUUUCCACCAGAGCUCCUGCAGUCCUACACAGAAGAGUUGGUGCCAGAGAAGGACUCUCAUAACAUCAAAAAAGGGGGCUUGAAGCAUCUGCUGUUGCCAGUCAACACAAUCCAGUCUACAUUAGCGGAUCCUAAUAUUUGUCAACCCACAAUUCAUGGGAAAGUAGUUGCAAAUUCAGUGCCUUUGCUUUUUAAGCUCUUUUUAGAAUCUUAUAACAAAACUGAGAACCAUCUUCUUUGUUUUCAUUUGCUCACCAAACUUUUUCAGUGCCUUAAGAUUUCCCAUCUGCAGGGAGAUCAUUGGAACAAUGCACUUUCUUCAGCAGAAUGGAGUUCAGAUCUCCUUGCCAUGGAACAGCUUCUACAUUUGGUACUAAGUAGCAACAUCUAUAAUGUUGCCGCUGAUAGGAUUCGGCACAAGGAAGUCCAGUUCCAUUUUUACCAACAAUUGGCACAGUUACUGGUGAAUCAUCCACAUGCUGCCAUCCCUGCCUGGUUUAGGUGCCUCAAUGCUUUGAUCUCUUUAAAUCAUUUGAUUGUAGAACCCGAUUUGGAUGACUUACUGGCCUCGGCUUGGAUUGAUGCGGAGGUCUCUGAGCCACGUACAAAAAAGGCCCAGGAGUCUCUCGUUGGUGCUCUUUUCCACUCUUACACCAAGUUGCGGCAGUUCCAAAAACUUUUUGAAGAGGUCCUCGAUGUGGUGUGUCGUCCAGCUGCUGAAGAAUUAAGGCUCCCGAUUCUGCCUGCUGGCAUCAAGAACAAGUUGUGUGAGUGCUUGCAGGAUCUACCACCCAGUCAAAUACUGGAUGUCAUAUCUCUCAUAUUGGAGAAGUGUCGUACUGUCAUUAUUCCUGAUCUCAGAGGUGAUUCUGACAUGGCCUUGAAGCUUCAUUCUAUGAGCACACUUCUGCAUUCUGUUCUUUUCCAUAUGACGAGCUUGGAUGAUUCCACUCCAUUACCUAUUGUGCGUCGGACUCAGAGUUUGUUGGAGACAGUGCAGACGGAGGUCAUCCAGGUUUUGUUCAAUCUGCUCAAGAAUGUCCAUACAGAAAAAGCAAAACUGGAAGUUUGGGCAGAGAAAGUUGGUGACUCAUUGCUUCUCCUUGCUUGCACUUGGGUAGCAACUGAUACACUUUUUGAGUUGAAUUGCAGACAUUAUAUUUCUCCCCUUGCCAAAGCAAACUUUACCCUUGCUGAUUCCACUGUAGAUAUCUUGGAUUUUUCAACCAUUCUUCCUGGGCUGGAUGUAAAGUCUUGGAAGAAGAUUACCAAACUUCUAAGUUGUGUCUGCUCCACAAGUAGAUAUUGCACAGAAUGGCUGAUGCUCCAAAAAAUGAAGAACAUAUUGAUGCACACCGCCUAUAAUGCUGAGCCAUCACAUGAGAUUUUGCAGCAUGCUAGUGCUUUCAUCCUGGAGUCUGGACAGCCUUUCUUCAGUGGAGAGGAGGCUGAGCCUUGGGAUGGCAGCGCAGGCUCCAUAAAUUGUCUCUCUUAUCCUACUGCACAUUGGCAUCUUGUAGUUUCCAAUCUUCCAGUUUUGUUUCCUUACCUUUCUCUGAGCAACACACAGUAUGUUGCAGGUAUGCUUCUGAAGACCUUGUUAGUGAACAAAAUGCAGAUGUCAUCAGAUGACGAGAGUUCCUUCAUCACAAUUGAGAAGGUGUCCAAAGACUUGCUGUGCAGUUCUCUUCUUCCAGAAAUGUGUGUGCUGCACUCCUCUUUCUUCAGCCAUAUCAUUCAGCAUUCUGCUGGAGUGCUCUUGCCUGUAGGACAAAGUAUUGUCAACCAGCCUAUUCAACAGCUGUCUGCAGAAAAUAUCCCAUGGUGUGAUAGUCCCCCUUCCAGCCAGAUUGUUAGUACAGGGCCUAGUUAUGACCCUUCUGUGUGCUGGGCAGCAAUGGAGAAAGUUGCUCAGAAUAUACUAUCACUAGUGAAGAAGAGAUCUUUCAUUAAUUUGGAAGAAGACCACAUUGAAAGGCUUUUGGAUUUACUAGAGAUAAUUUCAGCAUUGCAUUUAGAUAGCCUUUUCCCUCUGGACCACACACGGUGCUUCCUUUUGCUGGUCUCCUUGGCUGUCAAUACCAGAGCAGCUUGCAGUGAAACUUUGUCUUUGAAGUUCUUGACAACCUGCUUUCAUCUCCUAGCACAGCUGCAGACCAGCAGAAAUGCAAACUCAUCCUUUAAGGUUUUCUAUGCUAGUGAUGUUCUUGAAGCUAUUCUGACCUCUAUGUUUGCAGCCUGUGAGACCUUUUCCAGCAUAUUUAAGACCAGUGAAUGGGAUGAAUUUCUUCACAGCAUCCAAACCUUUUUGGAAUACUAUCUUCAGCUCAUGUUUGAAAGAAGGCGAAGUGUGAAACUAAACCUGGAAAAGUUCAUGUCAUUCUUAGCAACUUGCCAGCCAUAUGCAACCAACAUCAAACACUCCAAAUGUUGGAGUCCUGCAGCUGACCAGCUUCUUCUAGUGGCCCUGACUGCUCAGUGUCAUACUCUAACUUUACACCUCCAGCAGCAGCAUGGGAAGCCCCAGGUAUUGGAAACACGACUCAAUUUGCUUGAACAAGCAAUACAGCAGACGAUGGCCACCAUUGUGCUCUGCCUUCAGAAUAACCCCAGAGGCCAACCUUUGCCUGUUACAUUCAUACCAUGCAUUACGACCCUCCUGAAAGCAGAUUCCUCCUAUGUGCAUUUGGUAAGCCUUGUGCCUGGGGAGAGUGAGUCGGAAAGUCCAGUGAAGCCAGACAAAGCCCAGAAGCUUUCUCACAGUGAACUGUACAAGCAGUUUUAUGUUCAAAUAUUAAAAGAACUUGAUUUGGCAAGUGGCAAUGUCCAGUUCCUUCACUCUUCACUUCAGUUCUUAACUGUUUUCUGCUCCAUGCCAGAGAUGUAUUCUGCACAAGUUACUCCUGUUGCUGUAUUUCACUCUAUCAGAAAAUUACUAUUGGGUCCUGGAAUCCAGUUUAUUCAAGAUCUAGAAGUCCAACUGACAGAACUGAUGACCCAGUUGAUGGAGAAGUGUACUACUGACAACUUUUGUACUAUUUUGAGGCUCUUGCUUGAAGAUCUAGACAUUAGCAACAUUUGGAAACAAAAUUCUAAA